CAUAAUGGCCAAUAUUUAUCCCUCAACCAACUCCUAAAACAGUUGAUUUGGUCAUUUAUUUCAUUUCUAUUUGUGGAACCUUACUGUGGCCAAUUGGUUACUAUUUUGGUUAUGAAGUGCUUUGGGUGUCCAGCCCUGAAGUUCUGAAAGCCACUAUGUGAAUGAAAGUUCUUGCUUCUUUCUUUCUGUCUGAUGCAAUGCAUUGGAUAAACCGCAAGUUGUAGGAACCUGUUGCACCAAACAAACUGUAAAGCUCAUUUGGAAUUAAUGUAAACGGUAGCACUCGCAGUGCACCACAAAUCUCUUCAUCAACACGACGAAACACCCAUUACAGGUUCCAUACUUAAGCUAGUUUAAAAUGCUGUUGAAAUUCCAUAAUGUGGUUUCACCCUUAGCGCAGUGAUGUGAUGACAUGGUAAUGAGUUAUGCAGUUUGGGUGGAUACAAUUUAGUAGAGCAGGUUGGCUCACAGUUAAUAGACUCACCACACUAGCAAAGAAAAAUCCAAGCUCUUCUCACAGCUCUUUGGAGUGCCUUCAAGACCUUUGAAGGGAAGACUAAAGAGAUUGCUGGGCCAACAUCCAGUUCUAUUGUGGUUGAAAUGCCAAUGCAUCCAGAGUGUGACUAUGCGGAGGAUCUUUGAAGGGCAUUUGUUUCAAAUUGGAUAGAUCCCUGAAAAGGCAGAAUUCGCAUGUCCCUGGGGAAAGAGCGGGUGAGGAUUGGGACUAAUUGCUGAGCUCUUCAAAAGAAUUGGCACAGGCUAAUCGGCUUGACUUUAUGUGGCGGUUCAGAGGAAUGAAAAUGGGCCUCUAACAAUGCUAGGGAUACCAUGGGCAGUGUCACGCUACGCUACUUCUGCUACGGGUGCCUCUUCACAUCUGUGACCUGGACACUACUCCUGUUCAUCUACUUCAACGUGAACAACGAAGGCUACAUCUUUAGCAAUGUGCCCUUCCCGGGGAGCCAGCGAGCACAGUGGAGAUUUCAGCCCCGACUUACUAAAGGCCCCACACGGCUGCUUGAAUCCCAGCACCUUGGCAGCGUAAACAACCAGUUUAUAAAACACUUGCCUAGAAAUUUUGAGAAAAAAUUGGCACUGUCUUCAGAACUAGGUAUGAUUUUCAAUGAAGUAGAUCAGCAAAUUCGGAAUGCCGGAUACCAGAAACAUGCUUUCAAUGUGCUUAUCAGUAAUCGUUUGGGCUACAGCAGAGAUGUUCCUGAUACCAGAGACCCAAAGUGUAAAGAAAAGAGCUACCCAAUGAAUUUACCUUCUGCCAGCAUUAUUGUCUGUUUUUAUAAUGAAGCAUUAUCAGCUCUGCUGCGGACAGUACAGAGUGUGCUGAAUCGUUCUCCAGUAAACUUGCUGCAUGAAAUUAUCCUUGUGGAUGACAAUAGUGAUUUCACUAAUCUAAAAAGUGAGCUGGAGGAAUAUAUUCAAAAUAGCCUACCUAGAAAAGUGAGACUUGUUAGAAACUCUGAGCGAGAGGGAUUGAUACGAGGUAGAAUGAUUGGAGCAUCGCAUGCAACAGGAGAUGUGCUAGUGUUUCUUGACAGUCACUGUGAGGUGAAUGAGAUGUGGUUACAACCGCUUCUGGCUCCAAUUAAGCAGGAUCGCAAGACAGUGGUUUGCCCAGUGAUUGACAUCAUCAAUGCUGACACACUAAUCUACAGUUCUUCCCCAAUUGUGAGGGGUGGAUUUAACUGGGGUCUGCAUUUCAAGUGGGAUCCAGUGCCUGCCUCCAUGCUGAAUGGACCAGAGGGACCGACUGCAGCAAUCAAGUCACCUACAAUGGCAGGGGGUCUAUUUGCAAUGAACAGGAAUUACUUUAACGAGCUUGGGCAGUACGACAGUGGUAUGGAUAUUUGGGGAGGAGAAAAUCUGGAAAUUUCAUUUCGGAUUUGGAUGUGUGGUGGCCGGCUGGAAAUAAUUCCAUGUUCCCGCGUUGGGCAUAUUUUCCGUAAACGCCGGCCAUAUGGUUCACCCGGAGGACAGGAUACCAUGGCACACAAUUCUCUUCGUCUGACACACGUCUGGAUGGAUGAGUAUAAAGAACAAUACUUUGCCCUGAGGCCGGAGCUGAGAGUCCAGAAUUAUGGUGAUAUCAGCGAACGAGUUCAGUUGAGAAAAAGACUCAAUUGUAAAUCAUUUAAAUGGUACCUGGACAAUGUGUACCCAGAGAUGCAAGUUAUUGGACCAAAUGAAAAAGCCAGAAUGAAGCAGCCAUUGUUAGUUAACAAAGCUGUGAAACGCCCAAAGGUUCGCCAACGUGGAAGGAUACGGCACCUGCAGACAUCCAAGUGCAUCAGCGCCCAGAACCACCCCAGCCAGAAAGCAGGAAUAGUAGUUGUCAAGGAAUGUGACUUGUCAGAUCCAGAUCAGAUUUGGGUUUAUGAUGAAGAACAUGAACUGAUUCUGGCCAACCUUCUCUGCUUGGACAUGGCAGAGAUGCACUCGUCAGAUUCCCCACGUCUCAUGAAAUGUCACGGGUCAGGGGGAUCGCAACAAUGGACUUUGGGGAAAAAUAACCGCAUAUAUCAAGUGUCAGCUGGGCAGUGCCUUCAAGUGGUAGAUCCUGCUGACAUCAAAGGAUAUAUCGCCAUGGCAAUUUGUGAUGGCUCUGCGGCACAGCAGUGGCAGAUAGAGAGCUGAUCUUAGGAGGGAGCCUUCGAAAAUGUUUUAUGAAGAUUGACUUGAAUCAAAUCUUCCAUCGAAGACAUUACUCAGGAGCAGGAAAAGCUGACAAUUACACUUUGUAAUAGAAAAGCAGGAAGCUGGUGGCAGGGCCCUUACCUCAACCAUCUCAACUUGCUGAAUGUAAUGAUUUAAAAUAGUAAUUUUACUACAAAUUAUUUUUCUAUUUUAGUCUCAGAUUUUGUUCUGUGGACAUCAUAAGGAGUUUGAAAUUGUAUUUUAAUUAUUAUUUAUGAUUUUUCUUGUUCCAUCCAAUGAUUGUUCUUUGACAUUUGACAAGGUUGCAUUAGUUUCUGCAUAUGUCAAGCAUUGCCAGUUUUUAAAAAUGAUCAUGAAACAUUUUACAGUAGAUAAUGUGAAUCACGUUUGAGUAGAGCCACUUAAUGUUGAAGGUUUUAUUGUGUACCAUUACAUGUGUGUGAAACAUGUUUAUGUUGAUGCUAUCUAUUAUGCAAUUUGUUUUAAAAAAGACUAUAUGAAAUCAUUCACUUACAAAUGCUUGUUGAAAGCCAGUAGUUUUCUAGGCUGGUACCAAUGAACAGGUUAAACUA